UGAGCCGGGGCUGCCUCUUCCUCCGCCAGUCUCGUCUGCCUUCUUCCGCAUCUCUGUAAGUUUCAAUCCGUUAAAAACAUGAAUGAUUCCUCCAAAAGUCGGUUCUACGGGGCGAAAACAAUUGUCUUCUGGCAAUUCGAGGAAUGCCCGAUCCCUGAUGACAUAAUUUCUGAUGAAGUCGAAGCGAACAUCUCAAGUGCCAUUAGGGAUAUGGGUUAUUAUGGCCCAGUAACCAUGAGGGCUUAUGGUGAUAUCUAUAAGUUGCAGAGGGAAUGUUGUGGAUUUCUUAUCUUUUACGCAACCUCGGAAACGACACAGGACAAGAUUUUAGUGGACUUACUUGGCCAAGCAGUUUUUUGGCCUCGUGAUAGUCCAAUUAAUUUGAUGCUGAUCGUCGGAGACAUCUCGAGACACGCAGGGUUGUUGAAUGCUAUUGACACUUUGGCUGCGCAUGGAAACUUCAAUAUUAUCUUAUCACAGCCUUUAAAGGUGGCAUCAGGACAGCUACCUGAAGGUGUUGAUACAGUAUGGCUUUGGGAAGGCCUAUCAGUUCUAGCAAGGAUGGUGAGUCGGGAAAGUGGACCAGCCGCAAUCGAGGAGCUAUUAACCAACUCGGUGAGUAGGAAUGAUCAGAUCAUGCAAUAUCGUGAAAGAAUACCUCUUGACAUUGCCACUGCAAGAGCAAGGCGGCCACACCACCGUUGAUUAGAACCAAGAAGAAGUCCGAAGGUAAGUAGGAAAAUGUACCGACGAUGUUUGCUUUUGUUUCCUGUCUCUUGUCGGCCUAACACAAGUCAUCAACACUUUUUUAGUGAAACUUUUCUGGUUGGCUUCUUCUUUCGGUCGGUUAGCAUAAAGAAAUUUGAUCGGCCUUUGAGAAUUGGUGUUUUUGUUUGUAAUCUCUUGCGCGUGACAAUGAAUAGUUUGUACUUUGGUUGACCUUACUGCUGGGUAGCCGAAUCCCACUCCCACUUGGCCUUCUUUCUGUUGGAUAUA